AAGAAAAUCUGCUGCUGUACGAAGGGAUUCAGUGAAAAGAAAUGAAAAUAAAAUUUCAAAUUCUGAAUCAUAGAGCAUUUAAUCUUCGACUAAUGCUGCAUAAAACGAUUUCCAUUUUGGAUAAUUGCCAUCAUUAGCGAGUUGUGCCAUGGAUUUUAGUGAACUAUUUUGGUAUUUAAUAGCAAUUUUGAUACCAGCGGCAUUUACAAAAACUUAUGGGUUAUAUUUGGACUACUCAGACAAUACUGAGUUCAUACAGCAAGAGGCUGGAUAUAAUAUUUUACUACAAUGUGAUAUCAAAGGCUUGGUAAACGAGAAAAUUGAGGCUGAUACAAAGAUCUAUUGGUUUUUUAAGCAAUGUCGAGAAAAAACAGUAGGCGGUGGCAGAUGUCACGAUUGGAUGCAGCUACCUUGUGAAGAGAACUUUUGCAAGUCUGACUUGUUACUCCUCAAUGUCACCGAAGAGUAUUCUGGCUUAUAUAAAUGCAGUAUGGUGCCAUUAGAGUACAGAUCUGGUCAAGCAAUUGAUAUUCAUCUAGUUAGAAUUUAUCAUUUAAAUGUGAAAAAUAAAAGUUUGGCGAUACCAAAAUUAAUUGAUGCUUAUCCUUUGAAUAAAACCGCAAUUGUUGGUGCCCAAGCAGUGUUCCAGUGCCGUGUGCAAAGCGAGGAACAUCCGACCAUAAAGUGGUUUCAUCGCAAAUCCACGUCAAAUCCCACUGCUUUGGAAUCUGCUGCCGGCAUUGGUUUAGGUGUAUUCAACGAUAACUUCAAUGCUCACAUUGUCAACUACAACGGACAUACCUACGAAUUAAUACACACGGCGCAAGAGAAACAUGUUGGGGACGAGGUAUAUCUCAGUAAAUUGAUCCUGAACGGCGUGCGCCUGCAAGAUGAGGGCUACUAUGCUUGUGUAGCUUUUAGUUAUUAUGGCUAUAAGAUACGCGAGGCGUACUUGCAAGUCGAUAACCAGGCGAAUAUUGAAUAUUGGUCGGACUAUGACGCCAACGAGGAAGCUUAUACGGAUCCACGCGAGUUUUGGAUGCUAUUUUUGAUGCCAUUGGGGUUGGCGAUGUUUCCGCUUAUGGUCUGGCUAAGCUAUUUGGCUUACAAGCGACGUCUGGCAGGUGCGGGAUCCAAAAGGGAAUUACGCGGCUGUGCUGAUGAAUUCACGGAGCGUGACAAUUGUAUUUUGAGAGUAUAAUAUGUGAAAAGUAUCUAAGAUGCUAUGAAGCCGCGUAUAGGUUUGAACUACAUAAGGAUAUAAUAUUUAAUGUUAUUCAACUUAAUUCUAAUUAAGUUACUUACUAGUUUU